AUGAACAACCCACGUUCACAGUUUCAGCUACAGUGGGAAUCCAAGAUCGUUGAGUAUGUCCAGCUCCUGUGGGAGAAGACAAGAACACAGUCAAAGAGAGGUGAGCCCAGCAAGCUAGGAGUGAACAUCCCAUUGCUUGGGCCUCAGUUUAUGCCUCCUUCAUACCUGCACAUCCAAAAGCGGUCAGGUGAGUUGCAUGGUAUGUUCUGCGAAGAGAUGGCUCUUGGUGCUCAACUGCAUUGCAACCGCUGCAAGGAGAUGUCAAAGUCGAUGCCAAAAGCUAGGAAUGGCACCACUCACAGUUCAGGCUUGGACUCCAGCAUUGAGGGCUACUGCUUCACAAUGACCAGCACAAUAUAUUGGAAGUCCUGGGAGCACUGGAGAAUACCGUGUGAGUCUUGUGUGCAUGGCAGAAGUAAUAGAGAUCUGACUUACUUGGGCCUUGGCAGGGGGCAUACCAAUCUUUUUCUACCGGUGUGCAUUGAUGCAGGACUUGUUCGAUCUGCUCGUCAAGUUGUGGCCAUCUUCGACAUCUGCCGGUCUUGA